AUGUCAGUCCUGGAAACUGCUCUAUAUAUAGCGGAGACAGUAUUGAAAAAACAUGAUCUACCAAAAAGUCGUAAAGCAGAAAAACUGACUUUUCGUACAAGUGUGAAUAGUGCCUUACUGGGAAAUAAACACAUUGUAGCUAUGUGGGGCGUAUUUCAAGUUACUCAAGAAUCGAAUGAAAUUAUAAGAAGUGUUAUACCAACUGAGCUUCGUGAGCAAAUAAGACAACUAAAAUUUGUGCGCUAUAAGGGAAAAGAUAUUCCGAUAACGAAACCAUUUGGUGCAGAUAUGAUGAAUAUUGUGCAUGUGAUGGGUUUAGAGGGAUUUAGUUCUCAUCACCCUUGCGUGUGA